AAAUAGCCUACACAUUUAGCAGCAGUCAGAUGAGUAGAAGUCCACCUGUUUUAACAGAUAUGGAGAUCUCAUUUAUGUUCUUACUGGUAGUUACUUUAUCCUGUCCUGUUCAAACCUCUGUCAAAACCUGCAGACCCGAUCAGUUCAGCUGUGGUAACACAAUGUGUGUGCCUAUGAAAUGGAAAUGUGAUGGUGAUAAUGACUGUCUGAAUGGUGCAGAUGAGGAAGGUUGUGACAAGAGAUGCAGAUCCACAGAGUUCAGCUGUGGAGACAAAUACAAAGCAUGUGUACCUAUGAGAUGGAGGUGUGAUGGUAAUAUUGACUGUCUGAAUGGUGCGGAUGAGGAAGGCUGUGGUGAAGCAGCGGUAAUCACAAGCCAGAACCAAACGGCACAAAGUGAAGCUGUCAAAACCUGCAGACCCAAUCAGUUCAGCUGUGGUGACACAAAGUGUGUGUCUAUGAGAUGGAAAUGUGAUGGUGAUAAUGACUGUCUGAAUGGAGCAGAUGAGGAAGGCUGUGACAAGAGCUGCAGAUCCACAGAGUUCAGCUGUGGAGACAAAUACAAAGCAUGUGUACCUAUGAGAUGGAGGUGUGAUGGUAAUAUUGACUGUCUGAAUGGUGCAGAUGAGGAAGGCUGUGGUGAAGCAGCGGCAAUAACAAGCCAGAACCAAACGGCACCAAGUGAAGACAAGAGCUGCAGAUCCACAGAGUUCAGCUGUGGAGACAAACACAAAACAUGUGUACCUAUGAUAUGGAGGUGUGAUGGUGAUAAUGACUGUCUAAAUGGUGCAGAUGAGGAAGGCUGUGGUGAAGCAGCGGCAAUAACAAGCCAGAACCAAACGGCACAAAAUGAAGUCACUCAAGGUGAAGCAGUGGCAAUCACAAGCCAGAACCAAAAGGCACAAAGUGAAGAUGAAUGAAGGGCAGCUGCAGAUGACACCUGCCGCAAGUACUUCAGAGACUGAGACAUGGAAAUACCCUCUAAGCAACAUUACCAUGAAGCUUACUGGACAAACUGUAUUAAGUAUUGACAUUGGAAACAAUAAAACUAAAAUUAGAAACACAAAAACUUAAAUUAGAGAAAACUAAUUUGAAGGUGGAGCUACACAAUCUUGGAUACGGAGUGUAGAUCUCAUUAACCACUGAAUGCAAGAAUUAAUUCAUCAGUUAACAUAUAUAGUGUGUUACUGUAAGGCAUUUCUGCAUAGAGUAAUGCUAAUCUGAAUUAAAAUCUUGUUCCAAAUUUAUCAUAAUAAAUAAGCUUAUUAUCUGAGUGUUACUAAAACAAAGUUGUCAAUAAAACAUUUGUUUUGACUCUUACUCAUUCUAAAUUAAAGGAUAAAUGAAAACUA